AUGGUCACACAUUCAAAAUCACAACCUCCUAAAUCAGUACCUUUAGUUUACCCAGACAACUAUGAUUUAGUUGAUAACGAAUUAAUUAAAACAAAUAGACCAAGAACAAAACUAUUGAUUAAUCAUGCUGCAUUGGAGCUGAUCAAGAGUCAUUGUGGUAAUCAGAAUGUCACUGUCUUGUCGGUGAAUGGUCUUCUUCGUGCUGGCAAGUCAUAUCUCAUCAGUAGAAUGUUAGGAUCAAGUAAUGCCUUUUCCAUUGGGUGUUCUACCGAGUCGGUUACACAUGGUAUUUGGAUUGCAACAACCUUUCCAGAACAUAAAGGUAAACGUGUCAUUCUGAUGGACUGUGAAGGUCUUGGAUCAGUUCAAUCUGGUGCCAGUGCCAAUCAUGACAUGUCUAUCUUUUUACUAUCUUGUCUAUUGUCAAGUACUUUUGUAUAUAAUACUUUUAAUGUUCCAACUGCUCAUGAUUUAGAACAACUUGGAGUUGUAACAAGUCUUUAUAAAAGAUUAAAGAUUAAAGAAGGAGAGAAUAUUAAGAAUCCACAACAUCUUGUCAAACAUAUGCCACAUUUUGUUUGGGUGUUGAGAGAUUUCCAUCUACAACCAACUGUCAAUGGAGUUGAUGUUCCUAUUCAAGAGUAUAUGAACCAUGUGUUGGCACAAAACAAUGAUGUGGGUCUUAGUGAUGGAGAGAAUAUGCAGAAUAAUGUCAGACAGGUACUACUCACCUUUUUCAAGUCGUUUACAACAAUGACCGUUGCCACACCUACCUCUAACAAGGAUAUCAUCAACAGAAUGGAUACUGCCAAAGAAAGUGAAUUAAAUGCAGACUUUGUUGUUCAAAUGGCUCAUCUUGUACAAUUCCUAAUUGAUGGUUUGAUUGAAAAGACUGGUUUUAAUGGUUUACCAAUUGAUGGUACAACAUUUACUUAUUUAGUUCAAGCAUAUACAAAUGCAGUAAAUGAUCCAAAUAAUAUUCCAACUUUGGAAGGUACUUGGGAAAGUGCAAUUAAGAUUAGAAUUGAUUCAACUAUUCGUGAUGCUGAAAGUUUCUACAUCAACGAGAUGAAUGCUCAGUUUGCCGAGGCACCAUUCCCAAUGGAAUAUGAAGAUUUGUUGAAGAUCCAUGCUACAGUGAUCACUGAAACCAACAAAAGGGUCAAUCAGGCAGUCGGUCAUUUAUGCAAUGACAUUCAGUUGGAAGACAUUGCCAUUCGUAUCAAGAGAUUGCUAUGUGACAUUGAAAUCAAAAAGGUGAAUGGAAAGGAUCAAGUUGAAAUCAUUGGUGGAGUAUUGUACACUUUCAAGACAGAGAAUGAAAAACAGUCAGAAGUACAGUGCAACAGAGUCAUGAAACCAUUGGGUGAUACAUUCUACCGAGACUUUCUCCACAACAUGUCUUGUGAUUUCCCACAGGUGUUGGCAGCUUUGGAUCCAUUAAAAGUUGUAUUCCUAAAACAAGCAAUUGGUCCAGCCAAGAACGCAGUCCUUGCUCAUUUUGUAGAGACUGUUUUAAAGAAUGAAGAGCAAUUCAAAAAGCUCAAAGGGUACAACAAGGAUCUCAAAGAACAAAGAGAACGUAAUGAAAAGUGUGAAGCUCAAGUCAGAGAAUCUGAACAAAGAAUCAAGGAUUUAUCUGCCACUUUGGAGAAUCAAAAGAAAGAGUUGGUAGAGACUGUUGCAUCGUUGCACCAAAAACACGAUGAGAAUAUGACCAAACUCCAAAAAGAUAUGGAACAACAAAGAAUAGAUGCUGACAAUAGAAUCGCUCAAGCUGAAGCUGCACACAGCACUACAUUGGCAACUCAACAAGCUCAAUUCAAAGCUGAAAUGGAUUCCGUGACCUCUAAAAUGAAUACAUUACAUAGUGAAUUACGUGCUCGUAAUGCAUCUAGAAGAGGUGGUUUCUCUAUUAGUAUUGGUCCUUUAACUAUUGGAUUUUAA